UUUGGGAGCUGCUGAAAGUAAGCUACUUUACAUAUUGCAUUGGAUAAUUUUGGAUGCUGCCGAAGAGUGUGCUGAAGCAGACUAUGAAAAUGGAAUAUAUCACACAUCACCAUUCUAUUAUCUCUUCUCAAUCCCUUCUAUUACAUUGUUCAUCUACCUGCUUGCCCCCCUGUGUCACCAGGUAAAGGAAGGAGAUCUGCAAACAUUUCGCCUGGAAAAUGGAAUCAAGGUCUGGGAACCGAUGUGGGAGUAUCGACAUCCUGAUGCUGGAUGCUUUACAGCACUUGCCAAACCAAAGCCUCUCUCGUGGCCUUCAUCAGGAAAGAUUUCAGGUAAAACACCGAGUUCUGAGCCGCAACAAUACGCUGGUGCUGAGAGUCCUCCAAGUCAGACUGCCAGCAUCGGAUUUUUUGACCAACAGACCAGUGCUAAUAAGGCUGAUGAUGAGGGAUGGGUCUCUUCUCCAAAAGAUACAGUUUUCCCAGAAACAAUUCCUGAAGAGAGUUCAAGUACAGAAGAAGAACAUGUAGUUAUUUUUCGUUUACCUUCACUAGCUGAUUCUGAAGGGUUAAAAGAAUCUUCAAUUUACACGGCUCCAGAUGCUACCAUUUUUCAAGCUCCUCCUAGAUUCUCAAAAAGCCCAUCUGAUACACCCUUGGACUGCCAUAUGAAACAUUCAACAGGAGGGAGACGUCAAAGUUCCAUGGACAAAGAAUCUAUGGCCAGUAGGGCAGCUGCAGUAGAGUCCAGCCCUGCUGCUACACUCCUGGAUGUAGCCGUCAUGCGAUGCCUUUUCAUUUCACAGUGGCCUGAAGAAGGGGUAUAUUGGGCUCUCCAGUUUCUAUAUCACAGGUAG